AUGGUAGAUGAAGACGUGGCGUUCGUCGUCGAUCUUCAGAUACCUCCCAGCGAUCCACCAUCGACCUUUGGCAAAUCUGACAUCUCUAAAAUGAAGUUCAAAGUUAGACCUUUGAAGAUCAACGAGCCAGUUUUGGUUGCUGUUAAGAAAUCGCCCCUAGUUCUAGGGAAGGGAAAAGGUAUUGUGAUUGAAGAUACAGAGAGGAUCAUUCAUAAAAAAACUGGUUUUCCAACAUCUGUUUAUGACAAAGAAGCAUCUUCUUCUUCGGGUAUGAAGUUAUUUGUUAACAGGUUCAGCAAUAAUGUUGUUAAACCUAUGGUUUUGGAUGGAGUAUCAUUUUCUAGCAAACUUAUGGAAAACACUCUACAUGCUCGUAACAAUGCUGAUGAAAGAAUUGAAUGGAGGCAAGGAUCUGAUGUUCAAAAUUUGUGGACAAAGAAACCUAAUAUCAAAUGCAAUUUACUAGUAGAUGAAUCUUUUUUGUCCAAAGAUGGAAAAUCAAUCAAGUUGAAUGAAUCAAAUAUGAAGACAAAUUCUGAGAAACUACAGUUAUCUAUAGUAGUAAAAAAGGUAGAAUAUGAGAAAGUGUCCUCUUUCUGUUUCAAAUGUGGAAAGGUUGGCCACUUAGUAGAUUUUUGCAAAGAUGGUAGGGAAGGAAGGCAUGAUGCUCCUGUGAAUAAUUCAGGAAUGGAAAAGCCUUCACAACCAUCUCAGAGGGUGGAAGAUGAUUCAGACAAAACUUACGGGCCUUCGAUUCUACUCAAAGAUUUGAAAAGAAGAAAGAAGAUGGUUCAUGUCAAAGAUGCUCCAGAUCAGUCGGCUAAAGUAGCAGAAGUUGUUCAUGAGGUGGAAGAUUUCCCUGUUAAAGUUGUUAAUACUGAAGAGAUGAUAGUAAAGAACGAACUUAGAGAUCAUAGUGAGGAUACUGAAGCUUCUGGAUUUUUAAAUUCAAAGAUUAAUGUUCCAGAAGAUUUAUGGAAGGGCAUUUGUCAAUUUAUCAGUUCAGGGAUCAUGUGUGAGAAAUGGAGGGAGACUUCAGUUGUCCUCAUCCCAAAGUUGAAAAAUCCUAUGAUUCCAUCCAAUUAUAGGCCCAUCAAUCUUUGUAACUCUAUUUACAAGAUCAUUGCUAGAUUGCUAGUGAAUAGACUUGUUUGCAUUAUCCCCAAAUUAAUUUUAGAAAAUCAAGUAGAUUUCAUAAAGGGAAGAUCCAUAUCAGAAAACAUAAUGCUCACUCAAGAAAUUAUCAACAAAUUCAUAUUCCCUAAAGCAAAGAAGAGCAAGAUGGCAAUUAACGUGGACAUGGAGCAGGCUUAUGAUAGUACGGGGUGGGAAACCUUGAGGAAAAUGUUAGAAAUUUAUGGUUUCCCAAGGACAUUCUCGAAUCUACUUCUUCAGUGCGUGGUGAAUACCAAGUAUUCCAUUAUUAUUAAUGGUUACAAUACAAAGUGGAUCCGGGCAGAAUGUGGUUUUAGGCUGGGAUGUCCUUUAUCACCCUAUCUCUUUAGUAUGUGCUCACAACUUUUGACUGAAGCAUUUAAUAAAAAAGGAGCUAAGAUUGGAAUCAAGGUGGUACUGUCAGCUGAUAGAGUUUCACAUUUGCAGUAUGCCGAUGCUGUGAUUAUUUUUUCUGAAGCUAGCCAAAGAAGUGCAAACAAAAUUAAGAAGAUUUUUGAGAAGUAUAGUUACUGGACAGGAUAA